ACUGAGCUGAUGCUGGGACAGCUUUGCUGAGAGUUUCUUCACCAUCCUGUUCCUUUUGGCUUGCAGAAAAGGAGGUGAACGAGCUGAUGGAGGAGCUCUUUGAGACAUUCCAGGGGGAGAUGGGCUUCUCCAGCAUGAAGGAUGAAAGGCCAGAGGAUGGAGAGGCUGUCACAGAGUCCCGGCCAAAUUUCAACACCCCCCAGGCCCUCAGGUUCGAGGAGCCGCUGGCCAACCUGCUGAACCGGCAGCACCAGACGGUGAAGGAGCAGCUGGAGCAGCUGCGGCUCAGGAAAUCCUCCCUGAGGAACCCCCAGGAGGCCGAGAGAGCCCGAGCGCAGCCACAGAGAGCCAUGCAGGGCCUGCAGGGCCUGCAGAGCCUGCAGCUGGACGGGGCGCAGCGGGGCCGCCUGCAGCAGCAAAUGCAGCAGCACGUGCAGCUCCUGACCCAGAUCCAUCUCCUGGCCAGCUCCAACCCCGCCCUGAGCUCCGAGGCCGGCAGCACCCGGCUCUUCCUGAGCGAGCUGUGCAGCUUCGCCUGCAGCUCCCGCCUGCAGCAGGCUGUGCCGCAGCCCCGCCUGCAGAGCAUGUUCCAGCCCUGCAACCUGCAGGGGGCGCUGCAGCUGCUGCAGGACUUCCACGCCCAGGUGCCCCCGGACUGGAGCCCCCGGAAGGCGGCCAAGAGUGGUAAGGCCAAUGAAUUCUCCUGCCUGCCAAAGCAGGUGGCCUGGAUCCUGGCCACCAGGAAAGUGUUCAUGUACCCCGAGCUGCUGCCAGUGUGUGCCCUGAGAGCCAGCCCCCCCCGGGACAAGAUCCUCUUCACCAAGGCUGAGGACAAUUUGUUGGCUCUAGGGCUGAAGCAUUUCGAGGGCACGGAUUUCCCCAAGCCUCUGAUCAGUAAAUACCUGCUGCCCACCAAAACUGCUCACCAGCUGACAGUGAGGAUCAAGAACCUGACCAUGAACAGAGCCCCUGACAACAUCAUCAGGUGUCCCCAGGCUGUCCCUGUGUCCCCCCAGCACUACAAGAGGACCAAGCAGCUGCCGGUGCUGCUGAAGGUCUGUGAGGAGCUGCAGCCCCGCGAGUGCCGAGCCCCCGUGGACAGCGAGGAGCAUCGCCUGCCCUUCUGGCUGAAGGCGAGCCUGCCCUCCAUCCAGGACAAGCUGAAGCAGCUGGCAGAAGAUGCCAAGGAGGCCCCAGCUUGCCCUGCAGGUGGAGGCUGUGCCCCUCUGGGGACAGAGAAGGGCCCUGCAGGAGGGGAAGGUGACGACAAAUACCCUCUGCUGAUGCCCAAGGGGCUCGUGCUCACCCUGAAACCUUUGGGCAACCGCUUCUCCAGGAGGCCCUGGAGGAGGCAGAGGUCUGCAGCUCUGAAACCUGUCCUGCUCCGGCCCAGCCCCUGCCUGCAGCCCAGCUCCAGCCCCCUGGGCCUGCAGAAGAGCCAGAAGUUGGCUCAGGCUGAGGCUGCCCCCGGCCGCCUCCGGGGCCGCGUCCCCCGGCCCAUCCAACCGGCGCCGCCUCCCCUGCGAGUCCCGGCCCUGCUGGGAGCUGGGGAUGCCUUGCAAUUCCAGAAGGUUCUUCCUGCUGGCCAGCCAAACUCCAGACAAGCCUUCCCAGCUGCUGUGUCCCCAGCUCUGGUGGCCUCCGAGGUGACUCUGCAGGCCAAGCCGGCGCUGCCGGCCUCGGGCGGGGCGAGGGCGCGCAAGGCGUGCGUGAGGAAGAGCUACCAGAGGAAAAAAGGGACCAGAGCUGCCCCAGUGCUCAAAACCUCCCCGGUGAUCAAAGCCUCCCCUCUGCUGCAGCCCUCCCCCGUCAUCCUGACCGUGCCUGCCACCACGGUGAAGGUGCUGAACAUCGGCAAUGGCUGCAACGUGAUCCAGCCCCUGAGCACGCAGGGCGCCCAGGCCAUCCCUGUCACCACCCUGCUGGUGAACCCUUCCCCCUUCCCAUGUCCCCUCAGUCAGCCUCUGGUCACCUCCUCCAUCCCGUCCCUGCUGGUGUCCCCCAGCCCUGUGGGUCUGCCUGCUCCUGCUGGGGGUGAAGGGGAGGAGAAGCUGACCCUGCUCCCCGCUCCUGCUGCUUUCCCUGCCGUGGAGCCCAAGGUGGAGCCCCCGGAGCUCUUCGUGCCCUGCUCCUUGUCCCCAAAGGAGGAGCGUGGCACAAACCCCACCCUUGGGGACACCAAGGACAAGGGGAAUGAGGGUGACAGCUGGGCAGUGGCAGAGGGAGAUGGGAACACAGCAGAGCCUUUGCCCGUGGUGGAGCUUUUGCCUCGCUUGGAUCCCAAGGAAAUCAAGGCUGAAGAUGGAAGUGAUGCUCCCAAAGAGGCCAAGCUGGCCCUGAAAAGGGAACUUUUACCUGCUGAAAGGAAGGAGGAGUUCAUGCUGGGCCUCGGCCAGGAGCUGAACAUGGAGGCUGCUUGUUCCCCUGGGGAUGAGGCCAAGAAGGAGCAGGUGGCCUGUGAGGAGAAGGGAGAGGAGGAAGGCCAGGCUGUGGCUGUGCCCUCCCCGCCCCAGGGGGAGCCUGGGGGGGCUGCAGGACCCCCAGGCACCAGUGACUCUCCAAGGGACCCCCCUGAGAGGGAGGCAGAGUUCAGCAGCCCCCCGGGGAGGCCGGAGGACUCGGGCAGCACGGACGGGCAGUCGGUGGGGACACCGGCCGGCCCCGAGGCUGCAGGGGACAGGGAGGGGCAGGAGGAGGAGGAGGAGGAUGAGUUUGAUGAUUUGACACAAGAUGAGGAUGAGGAGAUGUCAUCAGCUUCGGAAGAGUCCGUUCUGUCAGUGCCAGAGCUGCAGGAGACCAUGGAGAAACUGACCUGGCUUGCAACAGAGAGACGUCUGAGCCAAGAGGGAGAUUCAGAGGAGGAGAAUUCCCAGGAGGAGAACUCAGAGCCCGAGGAGGAGGAGGAGGAGGAAGGGGAAGGAGCUGAGAGCCUGCAGAAGGACGAUGAAACCUCUGGGGAUGCAGCAGAGGAGCCCAAAUCGGCUUCCAGCACGGCCAAGGCAGCUGCACCACAGGUGGAGGCUCACAGGAGGCCCCCAGGAGAGACCCUGAAAGCCCCUGGGAAGAGCAGGAGCUGCCACAGGACCAGGAGCAAGAGGGGCAGAGCUCGUGGCAGCAAGGACAGCUCCAAGCUGCUGCUGCUCUACGACGAGGACAUCCUGGAGAGGGACCCCCUGAGGGAGCAGAAGGACCUGGCCUUUGCCCAGGCCUACCUGAGCAGGGUCCGUGAGACCCUGCAGCACAUCCCAGGGAAAUACGAGGAUUUCCUGCGCGUCAUCUACGAGUUCGAGAUCAGCACGGACAGACGGACGGCCGUGGACCUGUACUGCACCCUGCAGGAGCUGCUGCACGACUGGCCACAGCUGCUGACAGACUUUGCUGCCUUUCUGCUGCCAGAGCAGGCUCUGGAGUGCGGGCUGUUUGAGGAGCAGCAAGCCUUUGAGAAAAGCAGGAAGUUCCUCAGGCAGCUGGAGAUCUGCUUUGCUGAAAACCCUGCCCACCACCAGAAGAUCAUCAAGGUGCUGCAGAGCUGUGCAGAGUGUGUGCCCCAGGAGAUCGCAGAGCUGAAGACCCAGAUGUGGCAGCUGCUGAAGGGCCAUGACCACCUGCAGGACGAGUUCUCGGUGUUCUUCGAUCACCUGCGGCCCUGCGCCAGCCGCAUGGGAGACUUCGAGGAGAUCAACUGGACCGAGGAGAAGGAAUACGAGUUUGAUGGCUUUGAGGAGGUGUCGCUGCCAGAUGUGGAAGAGGAGGAUGAACCACCCAAAAUUCAUGGGGGCAGCAGGAACAAGAAGAGGAAGGAGAUGGGAGGCCAACACCACGAGAAGCCCCCGUGUCCCCUGUCUGUCUGUCUGUCUGUCUGUCUGUGUGUCUGCCUGUCUGUCUGUCUGUGUGUCUGUGUCUGUGUGUCUGUCUGUCCUUGUGUCUGUCUGUCUGUCUGUGUGUCUGUGUGUCUGCCUGUCUGUCUGUCUGUCUGUCUGUCUGUGUGUCUGUCUGUCUGUCUGUCUGUGUGUCUGUGUCUGUGUGUGUCUGUGUGUGUGUGUGUCUGUCUGUGUGUCUGUCUGUCUGUCUGUGUGUCUCUGUGUGUGUCUGUCUCUGUGUGUGUCUGUGUGUGUGUCUGUGUGUGUGUGUCUGUGUGUCUCUCUGUCUGUCUGCCUGUCCGUGUGUCUGCCUGUCCGUGUGUCUGCCUGUCUGUGUGUCUGUCCGUGUGUCUGUCUGUCCAUGCACAGGAGGUGGAGUGGGUGGAGGGGCUGAAGGAUUGCUCCUGCCCCUGCUCCUGCCACGAGGGGAGCAGCGACCCGAGGCUGAAGAAGAGCAAGAGGAGGAGCUGCAGCCACUGCGGCAGCAAGGUGUGUGACCCUCCCCGGCUCUACCGGCACAGGGAGCCCCAGGAGCUGCCCGGCCCCCUCACCCCCAGGGAGGGGAAGGAGCCCGGGGCGCCCCCCGAGCCUGGGCAGGCCCAGGAGGUGCCCGAGAGCCGGGAGGGGCCCGAGGACGGCCCGGGCAGGGCCAGGCCCGGCAGCAGGAGGGGGGAGUGCCUGUCCCCAGCAGGAUCUCAGCUGGAAGCAAGGCUGGCCUCCAGCACACCUGGGGACAAGGCAGCCCCUGCUGCCCCUGCUGCCCCUGCUGCUGCUGCUGCCCCUGCUGCUGCCCCUGCUGCUGCUGCUGCCCGUGUUCCAGAAGGUUCCAGUGCAGGUGUGGGCGCUGCCAGGGACGGGGACUCUGCAGCCCCGGGUCCCAGGUGGGCUCUGGAGCUGCCUCAGGGGAGCAGAGGCUGCCCCUGCCCCGAGGGGCUGCAGCAGCCUGGGGGGGACCUGCUGCCCUCAGCAGCCCCAGGAGCUGCUCCCUGCCCGCCCGGGGGGCUCCCCCAGCCGGGGGGCUCUGCCCCAGAGCUGCGGGGAGCAGCUGCAGCAGGGCAGGGCUGCAGGGGGGACACUGGAGGUGCUCCCCAGGCCAGGCCAGGCUCCGGUGCAGGCAGCAGCAGCUCCCUGGGGCAGCAGCAGCCCGAGGCCAGAGCGGGGCCCCGGGAGGAGGAGCAGCAGCAGCAGAGGGUGACAGAGGCCACCGUGUGUGCCAAGAACAGCAAAGUCAGCUCCACUGGGGAGAAGGUCGUGCUCUGGACCAGGGAGGCUGACAGAGUGAUCCUCACCACCUGCCAGGAGAAGGGAGCCCACCUGGACACCUUCCACGCCAUCUCCCAGAAACUGGGCAACAAGACAGCCAGUGAGGUGUCCCACAGGUUCAGGGAGCUGAUGAGGCUGUUCCACACCUCCUGUGACGGCAGCUCUGAGGAUGAGGAGGAUGCCACCAGCACCAGUAACACCGACCAGCUGUCAGACAAAGACCUGCUGCUCUCUGAGGAAGAACCUGAUGACUGAGAGGAUCAAUCACUGCCUCACCACAAGAGAGUUUUGGUUUUAUUCUCAGUUUGCUGCUAGACAGGUGCUGUGGAAAAAUGUUUGCACAGGUACUUGAGACAGCACCUUAAAUUUUUAUUGUUUUGUUGUUCCAUUUCCAGCCUGUUCCAAACCAAAGGCAGGAAGGAAAAGGGGAAAAUUCUUUAGGACUCCCCUGGGGAGUUUCAGCAGUGGAAUACGAGAACUUGUGGACACUGAGCUGGCCUUGGGGUGAAGCCUCUGACCAGGACUGUAAAUAUUGUACCCUGAGAUGUCAGUUUUCAUCUGGAACAAACACGAGACCUUUUCUAAGUUC